AUGAGAUCGUGUUGGUUGCGGCUUCCAUUUCGCGCCUUCGUAAGGCCAACAGCAAACGCUACGUUGGGUCGUCUCGCCCCGGCUCCAAUAAUUUUCAGCAAGUGCACAAGAACGAUCGCACGUGUCGCUUUCUCCACUCAAGUUUCCAACUCCACACUUCCACGGACGAACAUUUCCUUGUUGGGAGCUACCAAUGCGGGAAAGUCGGUCCUCAUGAACCUGUUAACGCAGUCCGACGUUUCGCUGGUGCAUGAUACGGCCGGGACCACUGCCGAUCCCAAAAGUUGCCUCAUGGAGUUGCACGGCAAGAUUGGUCCCAUUCGAUUGUUUGACACUCCGGGGAUCGAUGAGGCAGGAGAGCUAGGUGGCAUGAAGCGCGAAAAGGCGUUACAGACCAUUGGUCAGUGCGAUGUGGCUGUCAUUGUGGCCGAUCCGUUUGCAAAGGAUCCGGCUAGCACAGUUAGUUGUGUAGUGGAACUGAUACAGCACGUCCAGAAACGACAGGCAAUGAACCGCAUGGUGUCCGCAGGCACGACCAAUAAUCCAAUGGAUCCACCAGUCCCUCUGCUGAUCUUCAAUCUACGCAAAGACAAGGUGCAAGAGCUUGAGUCCAGAAGCAUGUCUAUCUCGUUUCUCAUUGAAAACCUGGAGAAAGAAAUCGAGCAAAAGUUGACCAAGAAAACCACUAACGGGGCCAAAGCCGCCCUCCCUCCGACAAUGGCAGUCGAUUUGGCGGCCACUGACGAACUGUCUCGUGACAGAGUGAUCAAUUUCGUGGAAAUGUACGCGCGUCCCCGACUUGACUCGGUGUCGCUGUUACCCGAUUCGCUGGCCCAUGAUACCCAUGCAGAGGCUGGCAACUCGCCAGCUGUGUUCCUCAACAUUCCCAUGGACCAGCAAACGCCUUCCAUGAGACUCUUGCGACCUCAGGCCAUGGUCCAAGAAGCUUUAAUUCGCAAUUUUGUUUCGACAUACUCGUAUCGGAUGGACCUGGGCUUGGCCAGGUCGGACAAUCCGCUCCAUGUACAAAAGGAAAAAGAUCGCUUCCUCCGAGCGAUCGAUCCAUUUUUGGCAUCGGGAGAUUUGAAAGCACUCAUCACAGACUCUCAAGCCAUUGACCUUGUAGCGCCCUGGACGUUGGAUGCAAACGGUCACGAAUUGGUACCCAUCACAACGUUUAGUAUCACCAUGAUCAGAUACCUUUCUGGCGGCAGAUUGGGUUACUUUGCAGAUGGACUGCGAAAGUUAGACCAAAUGAUGGCCGGUGAAGCACUGCCCGUCAAUGGUCAAAAGUGGAACAUACUUAUAUCAGAGGCAUGCAACCACACUCGUCUGAAUCUGGAAAAGGAAUGCGCUGACAUCGGGACCGUUCAGCUUCCCAAUUAUCUGUCCGCGAAGUUGGGCAGUGACAACGUAUCAUUUGAAUUCGCCUUCGGGAAGCAUGCCAUUUUCGACCCCCUACGAUAUGAUCUUGUGGUCCACUGCGGAGGAUGUAUGCUGACCCCUCAGCAAAUGAAUUGUCGUGUUGCAGAUCUGGCUCAUGCUGGUGUGGCAGCCACAAACUAUGGGUUGCUACUCGCCAAGAUCCAGUCUCCGUCAACAUUGGCACGAGUGCUCCGACCCUGGGGGGUCGAAUUUGAUAGUCACGAGCGCCCUCAGUUGCCUUCAGCUGCUUAA